AUGGCGCCUGGGUACGGGCACGGUGGUAAGCGAAAGCGCAACGAGCGCUCCGGCGAUGCAGGGAACAAUGACAAUAACCGACCUUCGCCUCAUCGCCCUGGUGCCCUCAACAUGGCACAUCACUCUACGAACCAGGGUCACCAAUCCCCUUCUCCCAGAGAGCAGAACGACUCGCGUGACAAAUCUCGCCGACAAUCGCAUCGCAACCGGGCUGGUUCCCGACGCGGAUCCCAUGAUGGCCAGAAUCUUUCGAGCUCGCAGCAUAAAGAACCGAAUGCCAUGUCUCCGCCUCCGAUCAGUCAGCCCAAAGAAAAUGCCGAACCGAUUUCGUACAAUGGGGACUCGGCUCCAGCACGCCCUACUCCUUCUCCCGCGCCGAAUACUCCCGCCUCACAAGCGCAUAACCCGCAGUCUCGAGCUGGCUCGGAGACCAUUAGCCGUCCCCCCAUUCCGUCCCUUCCCUAUGAUUACGAGUUCGUGACCGACCAUGUCGUUGAGAAAUGGGUCUCUACCGGCAAGCAAAAGGUGAUCGAGGAAGGAACUGCGGCUCGUCUGCAACAAGAUCUGGUCCGACUUUCUUGUGUUUACCAGGAGCUGAUUCGGUCUGCGAUCUACGGCCGAUUGUCGCCAUCGAAUGCGGGCAACACCGUCAAAGAGAUUAUUGAAGAAACUGGAUCCCAAGACUCUAUGGAGGUGGACAGCGCCCAUUCUACCCAACGAUUCGAUCCGCGCUCCUUGUUCCUUGAUACGCUCUCAAUCAUGACGGAUUCCGAUACCUCGAACCCAGCUUUGAAACCUCUUGUAUUCGCGACAGGCAUUGACGCGUCUUUGAUGCGGCUUCAGCUCGAAACCCCGUUAUUGCAAACUCUAGGAUUGGUCCGAGACACCUUUGCGCGUAUGGGAAUUCGCAAGCAGACCGACUUGCUUUAUCGUCAGUCGAAUUACAAUCUUCUCCGAGAAGAAUCCGAAGGAUACUCCAAGCUUCUCACCGAGCUGUUCACCACCAGCAAUAAUGAGCCGCCGUCCAGUGAAGUGGUCCGAGACACCUUUGAAAGGGUCAAGGCGAUGAUAGGCGCAUUCGAUAUGGACGUUGGUCGUGUGCUGGACGUUACGCUGGACGUGUUCGCUGCGGUCCUUGUCAAGCAGUACCGCUUUUUCGUGAAGCUUCUGCGGGUCAGUUCCUGGUGGCCGGAGGAGCUCCCCUUCCACGACCUCGAGGAAAACCAUCGCCGUUCCGGACUUCCGAAUUGGGCACUCCCUGGAUCAACUGGGUGGGUUACGACGGAGGAGGAGCGGGCGUCUAUCAUGCGUGCGAACGAGGACCGCGACAGCCAGUUCUGGGAUCGAGUGCGGAAAGUCGGGCUUCGUGCCUUCUUCGAGAUCGGUCGCAAGCCAAUUACGGAGGAGGAAAAGCAGCGGCGUCUAUCGGAAACCAACUCGUCCUUUGAAGAAGAUGCCACUCGGGCAUGGCUCGAAGAGACCGGCACUCUACCCCCGCAGGGCAACCGGGUUGCAGCCCAGCUACUUGGAUUCAAGUUGCGAUUCUACUCUUCCUCGGCUCGAACCAAGGCCGAUGUUCUUCCUGAUAACCUCAUCUACCUUGCUGCCCUGCUCAUCAAGGUUGGCUUCAUUUCCCUACGUGAUCUCUAUGCCCACCUUUGGCGAUCAGAUGACACCAUGGAGACUUUGAAGAACGAGAAAAUGGCCGAGAAAGCCGAGAGAAUCAAGGCUGCUCGACCAGGCGGUGGAAUGAACGCUUUGAUGAUGGCUGGCGCUUUGUCAGAUGACACACAACCCCCUCCCGUCUGCGCGACGAGCCGCGGAUUACCCGAGAACGAGUUGCCUGAUCCGUCAGACCAGAAAGUCUUGCUGCUGAAGAGUCUCCUCGCCAUUGGUGCAAUCCCCGAAUCUCUUUUCAUCAUUAGCAAGUUCCCCUGGCUGAUGGAUCUCUACCCUGAACUGCCGGAAUUCGUUCACCGUAUCCUUCAUCACUCUUUGAACAAGGUUUACGUUCAAUUCCGACCAUUGGCCUCAACCGGCGACUUCCCUGGAGCUAAGUACGCGGUGACCUCUGACCAAAGCGGCAACGCCAAGGGCCAGAUCGGCCUCACGGCUCCGCCUGCGAGGCGAACACUGCGAUGGGCUCAAUUGGAUAAAGAAGAUACCAAUGACGGGACUGACUAUCGGUUCUACUGGGACGAUUGGGCUGACAACAUUCCCGUAUGCCGGUCUAUCGAUGAUGUAUUCGCUCUCUGCUCGUCCUUCCUGAAUGUCUCCGGUCACAGGAUUGGACAGGAUGCAACUCUUCUGGCGAAACUUGUACGCAUUGGGAAAGGAAGCUUGAUUCAGGACGGGUCUGAAGAGAACUUCGCACGUUGGCGCGACCUUUGCAAGCGCCUUCUCCUGCCGGCUGUCAGUCUUACGAAAGCGAAUCCCGGCGUUGUCAAUGAAGUUUUCGAUCUCAUCAGUUUCUUCUCUCGAGAGGUGCGAUACAACAUGUACGCAGAGUGGUACUCGGGACAGACGUCCCGGCUGCCCGACAUCAAGGAGGCCUUCGAUCAGGCAAGAGCGGAGACCAAGGACACCCUCAAGCGACUUAGCAAGACCAACAUCCGUCCCAUGGCCCGCGCAUUGGCGAAGAUCGCUUACGCCAACCCUGGCAUUGUCAUCAAUGUCGCCAUCGGCCAGAUUGAGUCUUAUGAGAACCUCAUCGAAGUUGUGGUUGAGUGCGCACGCUACUUCACUUAUCUUGGAUACGACAUUCUUUCUUGGGCUCUCAUCAACUCGCUUGGCCAGAAAGGACGCAGUCACGUCCAGGAAGGUGGUCUCUUGACUAGUCGUUGGUUGAAUGCGCUAUCCACCUUCGCAGGUCGAAUCUACAAGCGCUACUCAUUCAUGGACCCUACUCCAGUUUUGCAGUAUGUCGUUGAGCAAUUGCGACACAACAACUCAACUGAUCUUAUUGUACUGGAGCAGUUGAUUAGCUCAAUGGCUGGUAUCAUAUCAGACAAUGACUUUAACGACGCUCAGAUUCAGGCUAUGGCUGGUGGUGAUGUCCUUCAGUCUCAGACUAUCUUGCAGCUCUUGGAUAAGCGCCACGAAUCCAAGGUCACCUCCAAGAGGUUGCUCAAGUCAUUAACCAACACUCGACUCGCCGGCCAGUUGCUGGUUGCCAUUGCUCAAGAACGAUUGACUUGUGUGUACAAAGAAAGUUCAUCUGAGCUCAAGUUGCUUGGCAAUAUCUUUGAUGAGAUUCACCGCAUUCUCACCCAAUACCUGGAUUUGCUUCGCAGCAAUCUCUCGGUGGAUGAUUUCGAUUCUUUCGUCCCCGAUUUCUUGACCCUCAUCAAGGCGUUUGGCAUCCAGCCUGAAAUCGCUUUCUGGAUUCGACGCCCUAGUAUUGCUAGGAAAAUUCUUGACGUCGAGGAAUCUAAGCAAGAGAAGGGAAAGCCUGCUAUCGCGGGCACAUCCGAUGCACCGAAGCCGAACGACGGCACUGCAAUGGAUACUUCCGAGGACGGAGUGUUGACUGCAAAGUCUGUAAAGACCCCGACAGACAAUGCUAUGGAUGUCGAUGACGACUCAGGAGUUGCGGUGACAGUCGACGGACCCGAUGCUCUUGUGGUCAAUGCCGAGCCAUUGGCAGCAAACCCAGUCAUGCAAGAUCUGAUUGACGAUGUCAAAUCUGCUCUUCCCGUGGAGACAUGGGAAACUAUCGGCGCACACUUCUACGCAACAUUCUGGCAGCUUUCCCUGUAUGAUAUCCAUAUCCCGCAGAAAUCCUACGAGGAUGAAAUCGACCGGCUCAAACGGCGAGUCGUUUCCAUCAACAAUGAUCGAAGCGAUCUCAGCGUGGCGGGCACCACGCGAAAGGAGCAUUCGAAGAGGCAGCUUACUCAGCUGCAAGAGCGCAUCCUGGAGGAGAACAAGAAUCACCUGAAGGCAUAUGGACAGACACGCUCUCGGUUGCAGAAGGAGAAAGAUAAGUGGUUUGCUGGCAUGCGCCUCAAGCAUGACUCGCUCAAUAUUGCCCUGCUGGAGCAAUGCUUUAUUCCUCGACUUUCCUUGUCCCCACUUGAUGCAUUUUUCGCCUUCAAGAUGUUGAAGUUCCUCCACAGUUCUGGAACUCCCAACUUCCGGACGGUCGGUCUCCUCGACCAGCUCUUCCGCGAGCAAAGACUCGCCACCCUGAUCUUCUUGUGCACUUCCAAAGAAGCAGACAAUCUUGGUCGUUUCCUGAAUGAGAUCCUGCGUGAUCUUAGCAGAUGGCAUGCUGACAAGGCAGUCUACGAGAAAGAGGCCUUCGGUGCCAAAAGAGACCUUCCUGGUUUCGCGAAGAACGUCGAUAAGGAUGGUGUUCCAGUCACGUUCUUAGAAUUCGAAGACUUCCGCCGUUUGUUAUACAAAUGGCACCGCUUGCUCUCUAACGCGCUGAAGACCUGUCUCGACAGCAAGGAAUACAUGCAUAUUCGAAAUGCAAUCAGUGUGCUCAAAGCCGUCGUGCAGCAUUUCCCUGCUGUUAACUGGAUUGGUCGCGAUAUCCGGAACUGUGUUGAUAACCUGAGCAAGAAUGACGAACGAGACGACGUCAAGAUUCCCGCUGCCUCCCUGAUCGGUGACCUGAAUCGGAGGGAGAAGAAAUGGAUGCUGCCACAGGCUUUCUACUUCGUGGCAACCCCGGCUGGCGCUCAACCGUCUGGCGAUGCUGCUUCAAAGCCCGGGACCCCUCAGACUGCUGCAGCGCUGAAUGCCGCGGCCCCAGUAUUCAACCCGUCAAAAGCCGAUAGUACUGCUAAGCAGGAAAUUUCUGGCAAGACUGAUGUUGAAGAUGGAGAAAUUGAGGAUGCGAAGAUGACCGAUGCUGGCACAGACAAGAGGGGCGAUUCCAAGCAAAUUAGCACACCCUCUCAGACUGGAUCUACAACUCCAUCCGUCGUUGCCGGGGAUAUCCACCAAGACGCUUCAUUUGGCGAAUCAGCGCCUGUGCGAUCUCGACCAAAUUCCCGUGCUCCCACUUCGUCUCGUCAGCCUGAUAUCCCCAAGCGACCUGAUAUUCGUCAACAAGUCCAUCCGCCCGUUCGCCCACCGCCCCGACACGGUGAUGGGAGACUGCCCCCUCGUCCCGAGGGAUUGGAUGACCGACGAGACAGGCAUCCCGACUUCGGUCCCCGAGGUCGUCAUGGUGGCCCUGACCAUGUCCGCUCUUUCGAUGCUCCUGCCAACGACGUUCGAGGACGUCUCAAUGAGCAUCUUAACGAACGUGAACAACGCGAGCGCGAGUUCGCUCGAGGACCCCCAACUGAUGAUCUCAUGCGCGGACCACCUCAUGAUGCUCGUUCUGGUCGCGAAAACGGCUGGCCCAUGGAUCGAUCCAGCCGUAUGCGUGGGCCUGGGCCCAAUGAUUCUUUCCAUGGGCGCGAUGCCCCUGCACGAGGUGAAUUGAUGCCUGACCACGUGGACCGCGGAAUCGAUAUGCCUCGGCGUGGGAAUCCCUCUAGAUCAGACAAAGAUGAUCGAAGACCUUAUCCCCCACGCCCUUUGUCGCCACCUAGGCCCGCUGACUUGCCCACGCGACCGGAGCGUUUCCCUCCCCCCGACGAUCGCAGACCUACCGGACCUCCAUCUUCCCGCAUUGAUGAUCUUCCCCGGGGCCCUCGCAUUGAUCGGCAGGGCGAUCCGAGGGAUACUGCACAGGGUCCUGAUAUGGCUCAUGGUCGGCUUCGCCAGCCGGAACCAGCAGCUGAGAUCCCUGCUGGUCCUCGCGGAAGACGCGGAGCACGUAAUGCUCCUGGACAGGCUCCCCCAAUGCUUAGCUCAAGCAAUGCUACAUUGCCCGCCACGGAACGUCAGACACCGACAGGCCCGGGUCGAGUAGGCUCCCGUAUCGCACCCGAGCCACCCGCUGCACCAACACAACCGUCGACCGCAGCUGCUGCCCCGGGUAUUCAUCCAGACCGUCUCAGAAAUCUUGUCAACGAGCCGGCGCCCCCAGCUAUUCCCCCUCAGGUCCUCGCGGAGCAGGUCAACAACAACCGCCCCGAGGACCGUCUGCGCAGUCUGGUCAAUCUGGAUCGCCCGGACAGGGCUUCGGUGGAGAGCGUGGACGUGGUGAUAAACGCUUUGCUGGCCUUAACAACAUGCUUCAACAAUCUGGCGGCGCUGGCGGUGACCGCGGAGGAAACCCCCGCCUGUGCGUGGAAGAGGGGCCAAUCGGCCAUCGAGCACGAUGGAGGCACCAUCGCCUCAGCCGUCGAACCGCCCACCCUUGGGCCCUGCAGGACCUCCAGACGAUCAACCCCGCCACCGACCCAAUGUGCGCGCUCCGGACGUGCUGGUGAUCGCAACCGUGAAUUGGACCUCACUCGUGAGAAGGAGCCUGAACGUCACGACGGCAGCAACAAUGGCCGCAGCCGACGUGAUGGUCGCAGAAACGACCGUGAACGCAGUCGCCGCAGUGAUGUGGGCGGAAGCCGCGAUGACAAGGGCACCGGGGAACCCCGUGAGACCUUGCGCCGUGUCCAGAGCUCGCGUGAAGAGCUGAGGCGCCGAGACCGACGUGAUCGACCCGAUGGGCCGCCCGAGAUGGGACCACCCCCGAGCGGACCUGACGGCCAUGAAGCAGAAGGCCGUCUGCGACCACCGUCUUCCAUGGGAGCACCUCCCCCACCGCCCCCUCCUCCCCCUCCACCCCUUCCUAUGUCGGAGGGUAACGAGCGUCGUUUCAAUUCUGGCGGUGACCGGGGUAAUCGGUCCGACAAUCGGGACCGCGAGCGCGAGCGCCGCGGUGAUCGACGUGAUCGGGACCAUUAUCGUGACGGCGGCGGCGGUUCUGGGGGCUCUGGCCACCGUAAGCGCGGCCGACAAGGUCAGGAUGACAAUGUUGGCGACGGUGGUGCCCGCGGCAUGCGCAUGGGCAACGACAACAAGCGUCCUCGUCGAGGACAGUGA